UCGACCACCUUCCCGCCGCAGCCCAUCAAACCGCGCAGCCAAGCGCGCGGGGUCGAAAUUCGAACCAAACAGUGCCAGUGGUGCUGAUGAACAGCUCCUCGCCAGAGUGGAGUCGACACUGGACAGUCGGAGACAGAAGAGAGAGGAUACCACCCCCAGAAUGACGGCAAUUCUCAGAAAUUCUGGAAGUAACGUUAACGUUAAUCAUCACACCUCAUCACAGGAUUUCAGGCUGCUGACCACUGAGCCGUCCCUGCAGAGUGAGGAGCUGGGGGACCUGCAGUCUCUGUCCUGGCUAACCACCGUGGAUGUACCCAGGCUGCAGCAGAUGGCCACAGGCAGACUGGCCUUCAACAACACAGGGCCCCAAAGCAGCAUACUGGAACUACACACAGACCAGCAAAGCAACAUGAGUACAGCACUAGGACAUAAUACCAUGGCCCCUCCACAUAGCAACAUGCAAAACACUUAUAUUGGAAUGAACUACCUCAACAAUCAAAAUGGAAAUAUGGCAGGAUUCCCAGGAAGUGGUGUGCCUGCCUCAGGAUACCAGUCCUCCCCGGUCCACUGCUUCCAUUCCCCCCAGCAGGCCUACAGCCCAGCUCAGGCUGUGCAACAGCAUUCCCCCAGCAGCCUGUACAACAGCACCUCCUACCAUAACCAUAACCUGUAUGAUCAGCAAGCAGCAGUCAUGAGCAUCACCAACCCCCACAGCAACCAGGAUCUGCUACAACAACUCAAGGCCUUUCCUAAACCUAUCUACUCCUACAGCUGCCUGAUUGCUAUGGCUCUGAAGAACAGCCGGACAGGCAGCCUUCCUGUCAGUGAGAUCUACGGCUUCAUGAAGGAGCACUUCCCUUACUUCAAGACGGCACCUGACGGCUGGAAGAACUCUGUGAGACACAACCUGUCUCUGAACAAGUGCUUUGAGAAGGUGGAGAACAAGCAGGGAGGCUCCUCCUCCUCCACUCGUAAGGGCUGUCUAUGGGCCCUCAACCCAGCCAAGAUCAACAAGAUGGAGGAGGAGAUGCAGAAGUGGAAACGCAAGGACCUGACUGCCAUCCGCCGCAGCAUGGCCAACCCUGAUGAGCUGGAUAGGCUGAUCACAGACCGACCGGACGGCUGCCGGAGAAAGCCCUGUGACCCUAGGAUGACAUGUGUCCCUUCCAGCCCCUGUGGUCCCCCGCUGUCUGGACAUCUGCAGGCCUCCCUCCCCUUCCACCACCAGGCCCAGAAUCACACCCUCCUAGGAGAACCCAGCUCCCCUGUACCCGCCCGGACCCCUCCCCUCCAUGCUGUCCCAGACUACUCCCACAGCCCCUUCCCCCAGCAGCAGCCCUACAGACAUCCCCACAGCCACAGCUUGUACGGCCUCCACCCAGACGUCACAGCCGAGGUGGACGCUCUGGACCCCAGUAUCAUGGAGUUUGCCGGGAGCCUAUGGGAGGAGAUGAGGGAGGAAAGCUUCAGCCUGGAGACUCUGGGUACCUUUAACCACUCUCCUCUGUGCCUGUCUGACUGUGGGCUGACUGGCCCCAGCACUGGACAGCCCCUGGUGGACCGACAGGUGGCCGGGCUGUACACCAGCCACACCACCCCAGCUGUUCCCUCCCAGUACAUCACCACCACAGAGGCCGGGGGCCAGGCCAUCGCCCAGCUCUGACUUUGACUGUGAAACACUGAUAUACAGUGUAUUAAACACUGAUAUACACUAGGACAGACUAUGGGAAGACCACUACUGUUGAACCUGCAAGUCCCCGCACCAACUGUAUGAGAAUCCAGAACUUUUCCCCACCUGACAGGAUGUCUCGCCCCUUUUAUGUAUGUUUUUUGUUUUUUACUGAUUCCUGUUUCUACACCAAAGCACAUAAGAAGCAGCCAAAAUCAACAAGCGUAGGUAUGUUUGAUUGGGUCUGUCAGCUUUUUACAGUGAUGAGGAUAAUGUGUUUGUGUGUGUGGAUCUUUGGAGGUAAAAUGCAAUGCCACUUUAUCUCUACAAGAGCCGGUGUCAAUGUUGGUUUCUGUGAAGAUACGUAGAUGUUGUCGGUGAAACUCUUCUGUUAUCUAGGCUAUUCCUUGUGGAGGUAAAGUCUUAUUGAUUUACUAUCUUGUGCAAACAAUACUUUUUAUUUUACUGGAUUUGACUUUGGUACUGUAGCUUGAUAGUCUGUUUGAAGUACUAUAGUACUGCUAGGCAGGUAUUAUCUCUGCAUUUUCUGUGUAUUUAUUUGGGUUCAUUUGUAUUUAUUUACUAUGCUCUGAGUAAACUCUUGAUGUCA